AUGCCUUCACCAAAAUCAAAGUCUAACAAAAGUAGGAAAUCCAAGACAAAUCCUCAAAAGGUUCAAACUGUUGCGUCUAUGUUCGCAAAACAAAACACUUUAAAUUGGUUAAAACAAGGUGACAAUGAUGAUGACGAUGAUGAUUUUGUACAAAUCACUAAAUUUGAAUCCAAAUCCAAAUAUUUCAAACGAAAGAGCUCUGAAAUGCAAUCAGCCACACCAGAAAAAAAUGAUGGUGCCAGUACAGAUGAAGGUGACAAACCCAAUGGUAUUAAGAAACGUAAAUUGAGUUUAAGAAAAUUGUCAGCGAAAGUUGAGAGAAGUCCAAAAAGUGAUGAUUCCGUGAUAGUUUUGUCUGAUUCUCCAGUGAAAAUUCCAACAGAAAGACUGUCAAACUGUAGCCAUCUCAAACCUGAAUCCUCAAAUAACAAAUUAUAUUUUGAUGAAAAAAAUGCAGAGAGUUCAUCAAGUUCCAGUAAAAAGACGAGACUUUCAAAGUCAAAAUCAAAGAACAGAAUUAAAGAAACUUCUGUUGGUAUUGGUCACAGAACUGAUUCUGAUUCCAAUAUUCAGAAUGGGAAAAAAGAUGAAAUUAGUGAUGCUAGAAAUUUAACAACUUCAGAUUCAAUAUGCAACGAUUCAAACCAUUACAAAGAUAGGUUAUGCAAUGGAGAUCAAAUUGAAUCUUCAGAGAGUUUCUCCAGUUCAAAUUCAGACGUCACAAAAACUGAACAAGAAUUUCAAAUUAAAGGUCAAAAAUCGACAAAUGGCCUCAUUGACAACAACAAAGAUGAAAAUUCUAAUAGUUCUAAUGAGCUGCCACAGAUUUCAUGUGAUGAAAUGAUAGAAAAAACUAUGAAUUCCAAAAAUGAAAGAACAUCUUCCAAGGACAAGAACUCGUUAAAAAACAUCGAAGAGAAAAAUUCCACUAAAACCAAGACUGAUAAACCAAACAGAAUUCAAAAGGUUGCAAAAUCUAACAGUAGUCCAACAAGAACCAAUAGAGGCCAAUCCAGUAGUACCAAAAAAUCAUCAAAAAAUGGCGUCAAUGAUUCACAAAAUCUUGCAGAAGAAGAAAAUGAGGAAGAAAAUGGAAAAGAAGGAUACAAAGUGCCAUAUUAUUUAGAGAAUUUUACCACCAUUUUGAAUUCUGUGAUGGAAGAUGAAAGCAAUGUAAAUUUAUUUAAUAAAGCUGAUGUGAAAGUUAUUGAUCAAUUUAGAAUUCUUUCAGAGAAUGGUAAGAAAUUAUAUGUACGAUUAUUCUCUAGAAAAUUACAAUGGUUGAACUGUGAUAAAAUCAAAUAUCCAGAAAUAUCAGCAGAUUUAACUGAGGUUAUUCAGGAAUUGAUUGAUGCAGACUUUCUACAUUCAGAAUCUGAUCUAAAUGAUCUUGAAGAAACAUUAAAGAUAUUGCCAGCCCCAAAAUUAAAACAACUGGCUAAAAACUACUCUGUUAACUCAGGACAGCCAAAACCUCAGAUCGUAGCAGAUCUCAUCAAGAAAACUAAACAGACAACCAUUGAGGCUAUGUUUGGAGCUAAAGGUGGUCUAACUAAAGAUAUGUUGAGCAAGGCUAAGAAACAUGCUGGACAAUGUAUUAAAUUAAAAGACGAGGAAAGAAAAGUAUUUGUACGAGUUUUAAUGCUGUUUUCUGUUGUAACUUCUGUCCUAGAUGAAGAUAAUGCUAAUGGUGGACAAAGUCAAUUGUUUCAGAUGUUGAUGGUAAAUAUGGGUAAAGUUAUCUAUCCAGAAUACACCAUAAACAAACAGACCCAGAUAUUUCCUGACAGACAACAUGUUCUAUUGUAUGAGAAGGCAUUACAAUAUGAAGCAGACAUGAUAAACUUCACAGAAAAAUCAAAAUGGGAAGAUGCAUAUCAACUUUAUUUAGUAGUGAAACAAGAAUUUAGUAAAAUACCAAAAAAGCAAAAAACUUUUGAGAGUAAAUUACCAGAUUUCCUACGUCGAUAUACAGUGGGAUAUCAACUUGUUCGAAUAUUGAGUCAAGGCAUCGAGAUAUUACAACGCCGUAAAGAUUAUCAUGGUGCCAUUGAACUCAUAGAAUCGUUACUACAGCAACAGAUAUAUUGUUUAGAUUACCAUGGUUACUGGUGGGAGAGACGAGUUCUCAAUCUUGGCACUCAUCUAAAAAAACCUCAGGAGGCUCUGGAGUUAGUGAAGAAAGGAAUGGCGGAUGAAAAUGUUCGAGGUGGUCAUCGUUUAGCUUUAUAUCAACGAGCUGAGAAAAUCUGUCAAACGACCAGUUUAAAGAUAAAACAUAGAUUGACUGAAUUUACACAUGAAGAGGUUAUAGUGGCACCUAAGACGACAGUUGAAGGAAGAAUAAUACCAUACAGUCUUCCUGGUGUCAGACAUCAGUUUAUGACUCAAGACUCGUAUUUUAAUGGUAAGGGACUGGAUGAACAAGUCACUAUGUGUAAUGUGGAACAGGUUGUUCUAGACUACUAUAAACAAGAUUAUCCAGAAGGUUUACAUGCAGAAGGAGCUAUCAUCUCAACCCUGUUCUCUCUGUUUUUCUGGGAUAUAUUAUUUAUGGAUGUACCAGACGCCUUCCAUAGUUUCUAUCAGACUAAUCCACUGGAUAAAAUGAGUCUCGAGUUUUAUAAACGACGGAAAACUGAAAUAGAUGAUAGACUGGAAUGGCUUGAAAAUAGUACUACCGAGGAACUAAAUGAACGAAGUAGAGAGACGUGGGAAAAGAAUUGUGAUAAGACGUGUGCUGGUAUAAACUGGGAGAGAUUACAGAGUAUUGAAUAUAUACAGGGUUUAAUAGAUUGUAUUGGAGGUAAACUAUUAUCUGGUAUUCUAUCACGCUACGCUAAAGAUCCUCGCCACACUCGAAGCGGAUUCCCUGAUCUUACUAUCUGGAAUACUGAAAAUAAAACAUUUAAGAUUGUAGAAGUUAAAGGGCCAGGAGAUAGACUGUCACAUAAACAGAUUUUAUGGUUAAGUUAUUUAUUAAAGAUAGGAGUGGACGCUGAGGUCUGCCAUGUUAAAGCUGUUGGAGCCAAGAAACUAAAAGCUGGAACUUGA